UUAUUAGUCGCAAUAGUAAUAGACUUGCCUCUACAUCACAUACAUUUCUUUAAAAAAUGUAAAGCUGUCUCUCAGCUGCUGAAUAAGCCUAUUACAGUAAUGAAUGGUAUUAUUGUGAAUUACAUAAUUUAGGAAUCGUUUUAAUCGUUUCGGUGUUUUAGAGUUUAAGUGCGUAAAUUCAUAUAGCCGAACUUUAAACAUUUUUGUUAUAGUUCUGUGGCAGCAAAUAUGUAAAGCGUAAGUCAUCCGUAGGCUUGUUAACGCUGCUCCGACCGUCCGCGGCUUACCUGCCCGCACGCGUCACCUCGCGCCAAUAGGCUACGUCACAUUGGAGGCGGAGCUUGUGAUGAGAUAUCGCUCGAGCGACGGCCGCGUCACCGGGUUACAAGUGAGCGGCUUCAAAGAGGACUGCUGUACUACUCUUAGAGAGUUAGUGGCCAGCUGUAGGUUUGGUCGAAAACCACAGAAACGUCUUCUUUCGUCUGUCGAAAGGCAGACGAGGACUCUUAAAUUUGCCUAAGCCCGAGAUUUAAACAAUGUCCCUAGCUGACCAGAGCCAGCAGUGGUAUCCCACCAGCGUGCAGGUAACGGUGCUUCAGGCACGGAACCUGCGGAUCAAAGGCAAGAACGGAACCAACGACGCCUACGCCAUCAUACAGGUGGCCAAGGACAAGUUCUCCACCUCGGUGGCCGAGAAAUGCAUAGCGCCUGUUUGGAAAGAGGAGGCUACCUUCGAUCUGCCCAUGUUCCAGAGCGGGAACGCGGAGCGUCAGACGCUGUACGUCGUCGUGAUGCACCGCGCCUUGGUGGGUCUGGAUAAGCUUUUGGGGCAAGCGAUCGUCAACUUGCUGGACCUCCACGACAGCAAGUCCCGAAAGAGGACCGACUGGUACAAGCUGGUGGAUAAGAAUGGUAAGGAGGAUAAGGAAAGGGGCGAAGUUCUCCUGGACAUCCAGUUCAUGCGCAACAACAUGACGGCCAGCAUGUUCGACUUGUCCAUGCAGGACAAGCCGCGUUCCCGCCUCUCCAAGCUCAAGGACAAGGUCCGUGGCAAAAAGAGGGACGGGCUGUCGGACUCGGCCUCUGCCGUCGUGCCCUCCGCGGUCAGCCAGGUCCUGACGGACAGCGAAGAGGAGCAGGAGGCCAGCACAGUCUCUCCGAAGAGCAAGCCGCCGUCGAAGCUGAAAUCCCUGUUCGCGCCGAAGUCCAACCUGCACAGGGGCGUGUCCCAGUCCAUGUCCACGCUCGGUACGCUGCCUGAGAAGAACAGCUCGCUGAGCAGCAGUCGUUCCUCCGGGCUCAACGUGGAGUCCCCCGACGUGAAACGCAAGUUCAAAUUUCUGGGCCACAAGCGAACCGGCAGCACGGACAGCAAAGCAUCUCUAGGCCCGUUUUCUCUGCUGAAUCGCUCGAAGCAGAACAUUGCUGAGCAGAACAACCUGUGCAUCAAUGGCAGCCACGUGUACGCUGAGGAGGAAGAGCCGGCUGCCAGCUCCGGCUCCAUGCUCAGCCUGAGCAGCUCUGCAAAGGGUUCUGCGGAAGACCUGCGGAAAUCCCACGAGCGGAACGCAUCUGACGUCUCGGUCGACUCAUUCAAGGGCCUUAGCGUUCCGACCUACAAGCCCGAGCCAAUGGAGAGGGCCCCGCGCGCUCCACAGCUCUCCGGUGAGGAUGAAGAAAAGAAGCACAGGAAGGCGGAUGGGCGCCUGCAAGAGGUCAUGGACCGGCAGGAGGAGCAGGACAGGAGGAGGCAGCAGGAGCGAGAGGAGAGGCUGAGAAGACAGCAGGAGGACCAGGAGAAAAAGCGACAACAGGAGGAAGAGCAGCAGAGGAGAAGAGGCGAAGAAGAGAAAAGGAAAACGGAGGAACAGAAGCGCCAUGAGGAGGCCAGGGUGACCGAGAGGCUGUCCUCUCUUUUUGGCCUAGGCAAGAAGAAAGAGGAACCCCAUUCACCAGCUACAGAACAUCCCACACACAUGGAAGUAGUUGCUUCCUCAAACCCUUUUGAAGAAAUUCCUCUCAGCUCAGACACAAGCCCUUAUUUAGAAGGGAGCCCAGCAAACCCUCCAAAGGGAGCACAAUCUUCCUUUGCCCCGGCGCCACCCAGCAAUGCCUUCCCUGGCCGUACAGCCAAGGUCUCUGCCGUUAAGCCAAGACCCCAUCCAGUGAAACCAAUGAAUACAGCUGAAAACCAGCCUAACAUUAACAUCUCCGUGGUGAAAGACUUAAAGACUCCAACCAUUCGAGAAGCGACUGAGAAAUCAAAGACAACUGAGGGCGGACCAUUUACCCAGCUCACUCAAGAAGAGCUGAUCACACUGGUCGUCAAGCAGCAAGCUGAGCUCUCUAAGAAAGACAGCAAGAUCCUUGAGCUGGAAGACUACAUUGAUAACUUGCUGGUACGCGUUAUUGAGGAGAAACCCAGCAUCCUGUUGGCUCUGAACUCCAAAGUUUAGGGUGAGGCCCAAAAUACAGGGCUAACAUUCUACGACUGUGACAAGAACAUAAUGGCAGAGAUGGUGGGUUUUGGUAGUUAGUGCUUCCCAUAGCUUAGAUGUGUCCAGUACUCCAAGAACCAAGCAUUCAAAAAAGAAAAGGUGUUGUAUACUAUUAUCUGUACAUCCAUAUCUGCUUUUCAGCUUGUUUUGAGUGUGUUUUUAUUCUGAUAGAUGAAAGUGAGUGUGAAUUGUGUGUGUUGGGACCUCUACUGCUGCCUACAGCUGUUGCAUUUGUAUAUGUAUGGCCCUAUUUAUUUUCUUGGGACUCAAAGGGCAGGGCACAGUGCUGUAUCCUGCUGUGUGCCUGCUGUACAUUCACAAUGUAAGCAUUUUCUGUCUGGAUGCUGAGAUCCUUUCACCAAAGGAUGACAUGAAGAAUUAACAAUAUUAUGCAUUUUGUCUUAAUUUAAGAUUUUUUAAUGCCUUGCAAAUUUUCUCAAUAAUUUACAAAUGAAGAAACUUUGUUUGCAUUGAUUGUAUGAUCAUACUCAUGCAUACAGUUGUAACGGAUUGUAAUCCUGGACUGUAGAUGAUUGUAAAUUAAUAAUUUUUCACUGUGCUAAGGGUGAUGGAUAUUUCUUCAUUCUGCACUCCAUGUGUCCAGUCUGCCUUUAUAUUAAUGUCAAUGAACACUGAUAUUUUUGCUCCUAAUUAACAAGUGUAUUUUUUUUUUUGUCAGUAAAAGCUAGAAUAGUCAGCACAUUAAUAGCAGCCCCUGAGCAGAUAAGGGAGUAAAAUUUCUAUGCUAGAUUUUAAACUUAUUGUUUCGGAUAACUUGAAGAAAGCCGAAUUGUUGUUACAGCAUAGCAAUAACAGUAAUCGCAUCACUUUCUUUACAUAGAUUGACAAUUACAUUGCUGUGAACUUAAGCAGGACGCAUUAGUAUUAUGACUGUUUGGGUGGUGGUGUAAUCUUUUAUAAUGUUGUAAACACUAAGCGGUCUCCUAGUAUCUGGGCAUUCCCUGACUCAGACAUGAAUUAUAUCCAGUUUUGUAGAUCAAAUAAUUACAAUUAAUUAUUAGUACUAUUGAACUGUCCUCAUACAUGCCCAAAGAUAUUUUUAAUUAAUUUCAUUCAUUUAUUGUCAUCUUUAGUCUUGUUGAUUUAACAAAUACAAGUUUUCUGUGUUUGUUGGUACUUGUUUUACUAACAACAUAAAGAAAAGCUUUCUUCCCAAAAAAAAAAAAGGCUUCCAAAAUUAAUUAAGGAUUACAAAGUUUACGUUUUUGUUUUUUUGUUUGUUUGUUUUUGUUUUAAAGGGCAUGUCAGUUGGUCAUUGUCAGUCACUGAAAGCUGCUGCUACACACAACCUGCAGUGGAGAGAAAUUAUGACGCACUGAUGUUGGCAUGACUGCAACUGGCAUGCCAAGGUUGUGCUGCAAGGGAGACCUUUUUAGAAACAAUACUACAUGAGAACAAGAUGGCCCUGCACAUGUGGCUUUACCGCUGUAGACUCUGGGGAGGAUUUGGUGGUAGUUCACUGAUUCCUGUUUGAACUUUUAGGGUCAUUGCAAUAAGACUAUCAUUUAUUGUACAUUUGUGCCUUCUUUAUUCUAUGUAAUAAUUUCUUUCGACUUUUUAAUGAUCAAAUAUAUUUUGGAUAAAGUAUGUUUUUAUUCUUGUUUGAUCGAUGAUAGUUUUAUCCGUUUACUGCAAUGAGAGAGUAACGAUAUGUUCAUGUAUUCUAAUCUAUAAAACUAUUAAAUCCUAUACCUUCUUUGA